AUGCCACUGAUAGACACGCCUGUCAGUCCGCGUGAUGAGACGGCUCAAGAUCUCGGUGGGAAUCUCGGUGAGACGGCUCAAGAACUGCGAAUCGAGCGGAUCCGGCAAACACAAGAUAAAGAAUCGUGGAUCUCAAGGCUAAAUAAAUAUCUGGUCGGAGAGAUCCGAGUGGAUCAGUCGGAUCUACUCUUCUACUGCCAGAUGACUAAGGAGACCGCCACGGAUCGAGACAAGUUGAUGCGAUUGGUGGUGCCUGAGACUCUUCAACAGACCUUUUUGCCAUUUUGCAUCACACCACCCGAGCUUGCAUGGUGGCCAUCAAGGUAUCGGUCGUACCUACGAUCGGAUCCAGGGCUGUAUAAGAGUCUACAGCGAUAUGUGGGAGAAUGGGUUGAUUGUGAAACGGGUAAAGGGCGACCUCGGAUCCAAGCUGAGUCACCUGGUGACCUUCAAGCAACAUACCCGUUCCAGAUCAUCGCCAUGGAUCACAUACCUUCGUUGGCUAGAUCCCUCAACGGCAACACCGAAUUGCUGGUCUUCGUGGAUCUAUUCUCGGGAUAUGUGAUCGCCAACGCCAGCGCCUCUAGAUCCGCUCAGACAAUCGCUGAGACUUACGAGGAAUGUGUCUUCCGCCGAUUUGGAGCGAGCGAGGUGAUCCGACACGAUCGGGAGCCAGUCUUUAUGUCUGACAAUCCACUCAAACAAUCGCCGAGACCUACGAAGAAUGUGUCUUUCGCCGAUUUGGCGCGAGCGAGUCGUUCAACAGGAUCCUGGGACAACGUCAACGGGCCACUAUGGCAUAUAGACCCCAAGCUAAUGGAUCGGCGGAACGCUAUGGUCCAGACAACCACCAGGGCUCUUAAGAUGUAUGUACAAGAUCUGGAUGAACGAGAUUGGGACGAAUAUGCUGAGCGGCUCACCUUCGCGAUCAACACUGCAAGAGAUCGGAUCCGAGGUGAAACCCCUUUCUACAUGAUACAUGGUUGGGAUCCUAGAUCCACCUUGGAAGCGACGAUCCCGGUGGGGAGUACUCGCACGCACGAUCGAGAUCCAAGACGGUGGCGAUAUCGGAUGCAAAAGUACUAUCAACAAGCCCUAGAGCAAGUGAACCAACGUCUACGCGAAGCGAUCGGGCAGGCGUGCAUACUGAUCUAG